AUGGCAGACAAAAUAAAAGUCAAGUCUAACUUCGAUAUGAAAGGUAAUUAUGAACCUUCAGAUUCAGAGGAUGAAUAUACACCUAGAGAAAAACAGUUGUUGGAGAAAGUGCGGAAAAGAAAACACAAUGACUCUGAAAGUGAAGAAGAAAUGUAUGCCUUUUCAGAAUCUGAUAAUUCAGAUGAUAAUAAAGAUGAUUUAGGUAUGGCAGACAGUGAUGUUGAAGGCCAAGAAGAAUCUGAUGAUGAUUUACCAGAUUCAAAGGCUUGGGGUAAAAAGAAAAGAUCAUAUUAUGCAACUGAUUAUGUUGAUGAAGAUUAUGGUGGAUUUCAAAAUGAUGAGGAAGCUGCUCUCAUGGAAGAAGAGGAGGCAAGAAACAUACAAAAGAGACUGUUAGAACAAUUAGGAGAAGAUGACUACAGUCUGCAAUUUCUUAAUAAAAAUGUUGCUGAUAUUGAAGAGAAAAAAGAAACUAUAAUAAAAAGUGAUUUAAGUCAGAUGUCAAAAAGGCAAAAACUGCAGCUACUUGAAAAAGAAAGUCCAGAGUUCUCUGGUCUUAUUAAUGAUUUUAAAACAAAAUUAACAGUUGCAAAGGAUGAUCUACAUCCUGUUUUAGAGCUUGUCAAAGAUGGCAAACUACCAACCUGUCCAGCGUCAAAGUUUGUUAAAACAAACUAUGAUUUGAUUUUAAAUUACUGUACUAAUAUAAGUUUUUAUUUAUUACUUAAAAGUCAAAGAACCAAUAUACAGAACCACCCCGUUAUAAAAAGAUUGUAUCAGUAUAGACAAAUGCUAAAUAAAAUGGAACCUAUUUAUUUAGAAGUGAUAAAACCACAAAUUGACAAAAUAAUGCAAGCAAUUCAAAAUAAUUUGGAAUUACAAGUUAUUGAAGUUAAGGACACAAGGAGUAAAAAACGCAAAUCAGGAAAAGAGGCAACUGAAUCAACAGCCAAAAAGUUGAAACUUAUCAGUGCUUUAGAAAAAGAAAAUGAAGAUACUGGUGUUUCAGAUAAUGAAGAUGAAUAUGAAGGCAAUGACUUCUUCAAGGCUGACAACAAGCUUGAUGUUCAAAGGCAAAAUGAAGAAUCUGAAGAAAGUGGAUUCUCAGAUAAUGGUGCAUCACUCAAUGAAGUUGAGGAUGACAAUAAACCUACUUCAUCCCAGAAUAUAAUUUCUGAGGAAGUUGGUGAAAAACGUGAGAUUACAUAUCAAAUUGCUAAGAACAAAGGUUUGACACCUUAUAGAAAGAAAGAGCAAAGGAAUCCUAGAGUCAAACAUAAGCUUAAAUAUAGAAAAGCUAAGAUAAGGAGGAAGGGGGCUAUUCGUGAGCCUAGAACGGAAGUUACUAGAUAUGCCGGAGAAGCUUCAGGAAUUAAGGCUAAUGUAAGAAAGAGCAUAAAAAUUAAGUAA